AGGAACGGUUGGAGGGGGGUUCAGAGGAGGAGAGAGUGAGAACAGCAUUUUGAAACCCAGCUGAUCAGAGCUGUGGUAUUCUGCCACAGAGGCAGAGGGAAAGGAGAGCGUGACUGGAAAAAAGACAAGAGAAAAACACAGAAAGGAGCUGAAAUCUUCUGAAAUCUGAGUGGAAAGAAAUGUCUCCUUCCUUUAAUAACAAACUGGGAACUCGUGUGAAGAGAGAGGCUCUGUGGAAAGAUGUGAGAGCUGUUGGCAGGGUGGAAAUCUGAAGAAGAGACGCACAGAAAAGGAUCCGUCAGGUUCUGGAAACCAGCCCAGUGAAUCCUAUAGUCGAUAGAGGGUUGAAGAACCCCCCGUGGAAAGAGGAGGGAUGUCUUGGCUGUCACCCGUGUCAUGGGCCAAAUGGACGUGGACGGCGGUGCGAGGGGCAGAGGGAGAAGAAGAUGAAGAAGGGCAUGAGGCCAGCGAGGAGAGGGAGCAACGUGGAGAGAGAGUAGAGGAAGAGGAGGAGGAGAGAUCUCAAGGCUGCAGCUCUGACUCAGAGGGUAAUUUUGACACUCCUGAAGCAGCAACUCCUGUCCGUGCCCCUCCGACCUUCCCAGGAGAGCUGGAGAACAACAACGCUGAUCCACACAUAACAGAUGUGGAUCAGGAGGAGCACCUGAUAGUGACUGCUCCUGUUUGGGAUCAGGAUAUUUCGCUCAGCCCCAACAUGGGUCAGGAUGAGCCUGCCGUCCCCAUGGGUGGCCCACUGAAAGUAAACAUCCAGACCCUGGAAGCAGAACAAACAGAGAAUCUUCCAGAGGCCCUGGGCUCUGUGCCUGUCCCUACUUCAUCCUCAGUGAAGGAAAUGCCUGAUUUGGCCAAAUGCACAGCGCCAUCCUCUGAGCCAUCGCAAGCCCCAGUCCCCGUCCUAGUUGCAGAUCCUGUCCCGGAUGUGGCUUCAGCUCCAGCUCCAGCUCCAGCUCCGGCUCCAGCAGCAACUCUAACUCCAGAACCAGAACCAGAACCAGAACCAGAACCAGAACCAGUACUAGAACCAGAACCAGAACCAGAACCAGUACUAGAACCAGAACCAGUCCAGAGCAGUGAACCUUUUGCCAGCCCGGCUCCAGAGCCCUCUGAGCCGAUAUGUCUUGUUGAACCAGAACCACAGUGCAAUGGCCUCAACCAGGCCGAGCCCACUCAAAAGACUAAAACCAGCAAGUCUAAACCUCCAUCCCUGAAAAUAAAGGCCUCGCUGAAUGAGCCUGCCCAAACAAAUGAGGAACAGGAACUUCCUGUUCCCAAGGCCACUUACAAAUUUGACCCUGACCAGCUGGAUGACAGCUUUAACCCUUUCACCAGCGGCGGAUCCAAAAUCCAGAACUCUCCUCCACCGUGUGGUUCAAGCUCUCUCCCUAGACUUGAGCCACUCGGUGGCUCCUUGCCUGUCUGUGAGGCCAGCUCAGCAGCUGCAGUAGAAGCAGAGAUGAUGGAGUCAUCGUCAGAGGCAAAGUCUGUGUUGCUGGAGUUCGGUCUGGAUGAGGGGACAGUCAGCAAGCCACCUCCGAGGAAAUUAGGUGGUAAAAAGACAAUCAGCAAAUUUGCAGCUAAGAAACAGAAGCCCAAAGGAUCAGCGGCUUCCAGCAAACCAGCACCAGAACAAACAGUUUCAGAAACAGAUUCUCAGCCAGUGUCAGAAAAAGCUCCUCAGCCAGCAUCAGAACCAGUUUCAGAUCCUCUUCCAGAAACUGCUUUGCCAGACUCAGACUCUAAUGAACCACUGAACCUUGACGAUGUUCCUAUUCCAAAGACGGGAACAUAUAACUUUGAUCCCAGUCAGUGGGACGACCCGAACUUCAAUCCAUUUGGCAGCAAUAGCACCGUGAGCAGCUCUCCAGUACUCCCUAAGACCUCCUGCAGUUUUGAUCCAGACAAUUUUGAUGACUCUGUGGAUCCAUUUAAACCCUCCAAAACCCUGAGCACAGAGGACUCGUCCAGUAGCACCCCUCAGCCAGAGAAAAAAGUAAAAGACGGAGGCAAACAGAAAGCAGGGCACCCGGCAGGGGAGAAGAAAGCGAGGCAGAUUCCCAAGAAAAGCAAAGAGAGGACAAUCACCCCCAGGACAUCUGAACAAGUCAAGUUUCUCUGUUUUCUGUUGAAUUCCUGUAAAGUUCAGAAAUACGAUGAAAGCCAGUCCUUGGUGCUCGACGUGUGCAAUCAGGAGGAGGAUGAGGUGGUGGCUCAGACCCCAGAGAUCUCUGAGCGAGUUCAUCACGCCACGGAUGAGGAAAAGCUCGCCUCCACUGGCAUUAUGGGCCAGACAACAAACAACCAGGAGGAGAAAGGAGAACCCGAAUGCAAUAAAGUACCUCUGAAAAAACAGCCAGUCAAUGAUAUAUCUGUUAUGGACGGUCCUGAGACUAAGAUUGCAGAUGAGCUGGAGGAGAAGGACACCUGCAGUCUGAAAGAUGAUAUAAGUGAGAUAUCCAUGAACCAAACAACAAAGUUGACCAGCAGUGACAGCCCAGACACAGCAGCCCUGUUCCAGGACAACAUACCUCUGAGUGAGAUGGACAAGGCUGCAGUGCUAACCCUGAUCAGAGAGGAGAUCAUCACUAAGGAGAUCGAGGUCAAUGAGUGGAAGAGAAAGUAUGAGGAGAGUAGAGCUGAGGUAUUGGAGAUGAGGAAAAUAGUUGCAGAGUAUGAGAAAACAGUUGCACAGAUGAUUGAGGACGAGCAGCAGCAGAAGACCCUGUCCUGUAGUAAGUCAGUCAGGCAGUUGACUGCAGAGAGGGAUCAAGCCUUGGCUGACCUCAACUCUGUGGAGCGCUCCUUUGCUGAUCUCUUCAGGAGGUAUGAGAACAUGAAGGGAGUCCUGGAGGGCUUCAAGAAGAAUGAGGAGGUGCUGAAGAAGUGUGCACAGGACUACCUGAUGCGGAUCAAACAGGAGGAGCAGCGGUACCAAACCCUCAAAGUGCAUGCUGAGGAGAAACUGGACAAGGCUAAUGAGGAGAUUGCCCAGGUACGUGCGAAGGCCAACUCUGAGGGUGUUGCACUAAACGCCAGCCUGAGGAAGGAGCAGAUGAAGGUGGAGUCACUUGAAAGAGCUGUUCUCCAAAAGAAUCAAGAGAUCGAGGAGCUCACUAAGAUCUGUGAUGAACUGAUCGCCAAACUGGGAACAGACUAAGAGGCCUUUAAUCAAACUGUCACUACAACAAUUAUGUAAAUUAUGUACAUACUCACACUUAAGCACAUGUCAGCCCUUCUUUCUCCCUGCUCAUUGUUUUUUUUUUUUAAAUAUUGAAAUACAGAAAUACAGGUUGCACUUUGCUCUUUUGUUCUUUUCAGACUGAAACCAGAACAAUAACUGAUCAUUGCGUUAAUCAUGUCACAGCACUUGCAGAAGCACAAAGUUGAGAUGUAUUUUAAUUAUUUUGAAGGAGAAACGCAAUGAUUUAUUGAGGAUUUGCAGUAAAGGCUCAUUUCAUGGUUCAAAGAUUCAUCUGUUUUUAACAGCUGGUUCUCUUCUUUGAAAUAUGUGUGCAUUUGAAAAAAUCAGCUAGUGUGUUGUAUUACAAAGAAUUUCAUUAAUCAUUUUAUACAGCAUGUUUAACACAAAACUGUAGGAAAUAAUGUGGGAAAUAAGGGAAAGACGAUGUGGGCACACAGCACAGACAUCUUUUACUGCAGUGCGUCUACAUAUACGUAACAUUCUUUAGAAAGGACAAAUCUCUCUGUUGAGUGCCUGAACUGAUCCUAGCAUAUUAGUUUUCUGGCCUUGAAAUAUUUCUUGCUGCCAUUUCUUUUGUGAUACUGACAGUUUAAGUUACAGAGUAUUUCUUAAGUUGCCUUUGAGUUUGUUCAUCUUUCUUGUUUCACAGGGUAACAUAUACAAUGUGUGAUAAAAUCCUCAGUUAUGCACAGUUUGAAGUUGAACCACAGAGUUUGGACAUCAUGUACAUUAUGCCCCGCACAAAUCUCUGGGAUUGUUACAUAUAAAGAGCACUUAAAAGAAUCAUAUCCUAAAUUCUGAUCUAUGAUAUCUUAUUCGUUUGAUUGUGGUUUGACAGUGAUGGGUGGAAGUUUAGUUUGAAGUAGGAACAUUUUUGCUCUUGUUAUACUGUAAUGUUAAAACCAUGUGCCAUGUUUCAUUUUCUCACUCUGCAUUUGAGUGUGGAAAAGUUAGAAUCAUAUUGUGUCGCUGCCAUGUAGAUAUUUUUGUACUGUAUUCAUAUUUUAUCUGUGAGCUCAAAUGUUGCUGGUGUGCCUUUAUUUUGUCUAUUUUGUAAAAUGAAAAAGAAGAAGAAAAGAUUUAGUUUUCUCAGUUCCUUCAUGCAGUUCAGUUACCACCCUCUGUUGUGGACUCUGUUGCCAAAGUGUAUUGUAUACAGUAUAUAUCUUUUAUGAUCAAAAUAUCCUGAACAACAAUGAGUUAUAGUGGGUUUGCAGUUUUGAUGCUUUACCUGCGGUAGAUGAAUGAGCUUACAUGCUGGGCUACAUUACUCUUUAAGGUGAAGAUCUGAGUUUUGGCAAGCAAAGGUUUAUCAAGUAAUAAUAUCUAAAUAAUAUCGCUAACAUCAGCGCUUUCUGCCCUGAUUGAACCUGAAGGAGCACACUAUUGCAUUUUGGCCAGAUGUCUUUCAGAUAUAAAAGGACAAAUUCCUCUGUAGAUCCCUUCUUUCACGUUAGCACAAUCAAUUGCCAAAUGUCAUUGUAAAAUGAGAUGGGUCUAUGUCCUGUUGUGGUGGUGUUACAUUUGUCUGAAGGUGCUUUUCAAUGCAAAUCCAUUGUUACAGUACAAUAUGUGUAAAUUUUAUACCUUAUGAAAAGAAUUUUGAUCCUAAUAUUUGUAAAAUUGAAGAAAAUUAAGUAUACUCAGAUCUUAUGUUACCUGCUAUAUUUUGUGCAUUCCUGAAUAAAUGGUUAAGAUUUAAUAUUA